GCAGGAGAUUACUGCACAGUUAGCCACUCCCCCUUCCAACCCAUAACCACUGUAGCAGCAAGCUUCUGGAGAGAAAGAGAGGGACAGGAAGGGACAACAGAGGGAGGGAGAGAGGAGCAGCCAAAGAGGGGAGGAACAGCUGUAGAAGGUGGAGAGAUGAGAGGGAGAGAGAGUAAAGUGGUGCUCCAGUAGAAGUUGGUCGUGCAUGUGAGCUUUAAAGUCGCGUUAACAGCUGGAGGUAUGCAUCGUGUUCUUCUGAGACAACUUCUAACAGCCAUAUGAGGAGAUCAUAACUGCUUUAGGCAGAUGACCAACCAGAUAUUACAAGACUUUCAACCUGAAAAUACCUUUCUGGUGACAAGGCUCUAUUAUUUUCCAAGUGCAGCCAAGCUUUAAUAAAAACUUUAGAUUAAUUAGUAAAAGUUUGAAGCUCAUGUCUGAGUGAUUCAGCACCUGCAUGCUUGACACCAACCAAAUUAGAAACACAUCUACCUGCUGGUCUGAUGAAACUCAGGGCCGACAGCCUUUCAGAAGGGAUCUUGCAGAGCUGUUUAGCCUUAAUCUCCCUCAGCACCAGCUCUGAUUGGCCUCCAUUUGUGCUCACAAGACAGGAAAAUGCACCUGUCAAAGUUAUUUUGAUGUUCUGUCAAUAAAUGUUUUGCAUGCUCUUUUUUUUUCUCCUCCCUUCGCUUCCCUCCCUCCUCUCAGCUAUGUACUUUGAGAGCUCUGUGAAAUAGACAUUAUAAAUAGUGGUCAUGGGUUGUGUAUAUUUAGCAACCCAAACAGCUUCGUGAAACCAGUGUGGUGUGAGAGAGCUGUCAUUAUCAAGCGUGUUGUGGCUCACACUCUGAUUGCCUUUCUGGAGUGAGUAUUGAGUGUAAUUAUGAGGACAAUGCAAAAUUGUGUGCCUGACCUUGUCCUGUGUGACAGGAGCUCCUGCAUCGGACGUCACUGGAGAAGCAGAAGCUGAGUCUUAUGGGGGAGGUCUCCUAUUUAAAACUAAAGCUGACCGACAUGGAGGGGAAGCAAGGCCAUGGGGCUGAGAGGCAGCACAAAGCAGAGACUGUAGUGAAUUUCAUUAGUGAGCUGCAGGAGCAGAUGUGUCAGUUUCAGAAGGAGAUCAAUAGCAAGAUCCAGGAGAAAAAGUCUUCGGAGAUCCCGACUGACAGCAGGUUUCCUGUGGUGUGUCCGUCUAAGUCCACCGAGGGCCAGAGCAAACACCUCGAGGUGUCCUGGGAUGGACCCUCAGAUGGGAUGCACCACUUAGAAGAGGUUCCAGACAGACCUGUUGGGAACACACACGGCCUGAGAGAGGGUAGCUCAGAUGUAGAGCAUCGGUGCCGCUGCGGAGGAGAAAGUGUUUUACUGAAAGAACUCAGGAUCCUCAAAGACAAAGUUCAGCAUCUGGAGGAUCAGAAGCUUCAGUAUGAAAAGAAGCUCAAAGCGACAAAGACAGAGAUCAGCAGCCUUCAACAGCUUCUGCUUAAUAAGAACACUGAGAUUGAGAGCUUGCACACUCAGUUACUGGCCAGAUCCUCUCUGACCACAGAGAGCUCAGAGAGAGAUCAAGAAGUGCAGAAACUCCGAAGUGGGAUGAAAUCACUUGUAACAGCUAAUGAAGAAAAGGACCGACGUAUUGAGGAACUCACGCUGCUCCUGAGCCAGUGCAGACAGUUCAGAGAGGUCUCUCACGUCUCAAGGCAAGCUCCAUCUGCUGUCCGUUCUUUGUCCAAUGACCGGACUCCAUCAAGCAGCAGUGAAGAAGAAGAGCAUGGAUUAACGAGGAAUGCUGACUCAGCCAGUUCAAAAUCUGAGGAUGUGAAGUCAGAAGUUUCAACAAACAGUUCGUCCUCCCAACAAACAUCUCUUCACGAGUCCAGAACGGAGCCUCUGGCGUCGAGCAGCAUGAAUGACCUAACGGAUGCCUAUUUACCAAAGAAUGGUUUGGAUGACUCUAGGAGCCAGACUCUGCCCGUGAAUUCUUCGCUUUUGGAACGAAACGGGAUUGGAGACAGUGGCACUGAUAUCCAGAGUCAAAAGUCUCCAGAUGGGAGUGAAGAUGGAGACUCCUUCCAAAAACUUAAUGAAGGAAAGUCACAGAAAGUUGAAGACAGCGAGAACUCCCCUGCUCAUGGAGAGAAUCACGUGCAGCCUGGCCAGCGAGCUGUGGGAUCUCCAGAGUACAUGAAGAACAACAGGAGCUUCAAAAAACUCUGGGGAAAGCUUCGGAGAACCCAGUCUGGAGGCUUCCAGGCUGCAGAUCCAGACGCUGGUCAGUUUAGAAGAGGGGGUUUACGAGCAACAGCAGGACCCAGACUUACCAGAACUCCAGAGUCAGACCCUACACGUGAUAUGAAUAUUCCAUUCAGCCAGUGGACCAAGGAGCAGGUGUGCGGCUGGCUAGAGGACUACGGUCUUGGCCAGUAUAUCAGCCUCGCCAGACAGUGGGUUGAAAAUGGACAAACGCUUUUGUCAGCAACACCUCAGGAAAUUGAGAAAGAGAUGGGUGUGAAGCAUCCACUCCACAGGAAGAAGCUGCAGCUUGCUCUGAGGGCCUUCACCACCAAGGUUGUAGAGAAAUCCGCAGAGCUGGACCACAUCUGGGUCACCCGAUGGUUGGAUGAUAUUGGUCUGCCUCAGUAUAAAGACCAGUUCCAUGAAGCUCGAGUCGACGGCCGCAUGAUACAAUAUCUCACUGUGAAUGACCUCUUGACCCUAAAGGUCACCAGCCAACUUCAUCACCUCAGUAUUAAAUGCGCCAUUCACGUCCUUCAUGUCAACAAGUUCAACCCGAACUGUCUUCGGCGCCGGCCAGGUGAUGAGAAACAGCCGUCUCCCUCAGAGGUGGUCCAGUGGUCCAACCAUCGUGUGAUGGAGUGGCUCAGAGCUGUUGAUCUUGCCGAGUAUGCUCCUAAUCUACGAGGCAGCGGAGUUCAUGGUGGCCUGGUUAUCCUGGAGCCUCGUUUUAGCUCAGAGACGUUGGCCUUGCUUCUGAAUAUUCCUCCACAGAAAACGUUACUCCGUCGUCAUCUGGCCAUGGCCUUCGCCGCACUGGUCGGUCUUCAAGCCAUGCAGGAGAAACGGGAGUAUGGCAACGCCACGGGCCACAUGCCCCUCACCACCACAGCCAAAGUAAAACCAAAGAAGCUGGGCUUUACCCAGUUCAGCCACCUCAGGAAGAGAAAACCUGAUGAAGCUGCAGACUACAUCUGCCCAAUAGACAGUGGAGCGCCAGCAGCCAAUGGAGACUCUCGCUUGCUCUCUCCUGUUCACAGAGGACUGAGUCCUACUCUGGACAGACACGUUGAAAAAUGACAACCAGUGGUUGUAAAAUCUGCAAAUAAUGGUCCAAGCAUUAUUUAAAUUAAAAAGCAACAAUUAAGCUCAUUCAGCAAGUGACUUACAAAAAUGAAAGGGGAAAAAAGUGUAUAUAUUAGUUGGUUGUCAUAGUGAUUUUCUGGUUUGGCUGCGUUUCUUGUGUCGUGUUUUUUUGUUGUUGUCAUUGUCCUUUAAACCAGGUGGGUUUUUUUUUAUCCUAAAGAAGGAACAAUUGUGUGUGAACUGUGCACUGCUCCCUGCAUUCCUUAUGAAGAUCAAUUCCAAAGCUUACCCUUUUGGCUUUAAAACAAGGCAUUAUUGGAUAUUUUGUACCUUUUCACCUGUAGAUUUUUGUUGUUGUAUAUCAGAAUUGUAUGUAAUAUUUAAUUGAAGUUACUUUAAGAAUGUUUGACAUUUAACUUCUGUAUUUUGAAUCUUGGCAGUGCGCUUAGUAUUCUGCAACUUCAAAUAAAACUGUUUGUAAAUUAAA